AUAGGAUUUCUCUAUUUAAGAUAUGUAGCAGAUCCGAAGACUUUAUGGGGUUGGUGUGAACCAUAUGUAAAAGAUGAUGAGGUAUGGAAAAUAUGCCUUGUCCACUUAAUCCUGUAAAGUUUAUUUGGUUGUGAACUGCUUUCUUCAAGUUGUUAUUAUGUAGUUUGAAAAUGACUGUAAGUCUAUAAUGUAUUAGACUUCCAAUGGGCAUGCAGAACAGAUGUUCUAUGGUAAUACUGAGUCAAGCUAGCCAACUGGCUUACAUGUCAACAUAGUGUUUGUUGUAUAAUAACUUAUCUUUAGUAUAUUAGUCAACAGGGAUGCCAUUGUUCUUUAUUGCAACAUUUGUCAAGACAUCCUAAUUGACAUGCUUAACACAUUAUCUUUAUUUAGCCAAACAUAUAUUACAUUCACAGACCACAGUAGAUAUCCUCAAGGAUUCAAAAAGAGAAUGGACUAUGUGAUUUUUUUUUUAAACUUCAAAGGCAUUCAGUGUUUUUAGCACAUUCUCAUCUAUAACCAGGCAUGGUGAUUUUGCAUAUUUAUCGGAAGUCAAUCUCUCCUUAAAGAAUACUUUCUCUUACGGUACUUUUCGAUGUUUCCACUAUUAUUUCGAUGUUUUUUUUAUAUAACAUUUUAAGUUUUCGUGCUAUCUCUCACUGACUGCAAGGGAAUCUAUGAUCGUUCUGUAUGGGUUAUGUGUGGAUGACCUCUUGCCUAUAUGAAUCGGGCUAUAUGACUCGGGAAUUUCCUGUUGUGUGUCUGAUGCAUGAUGGCCAGGAUGGAACAAUUUUACAAUUCAUCAAUGGUGCAUUGGCAUGAUUCCCUCCAGGAAUUCUCUCCGGGUUGUAAUGGCCGUAUGACGACAAUGGGUGCGUACGUGAGGGACUUGCUUCUUGGACAGUACUACUUUGACACACUUCUUCCUCGUAUUCCUGUCCUGGUGUUGCGCACUGUUGUAGCCAAUCUUGAAAAUAUGAACUUGCCGUCUAAACACUGUGGAGUGACUGGUGAGACCACUCGUGGAAGUGAAGAGACUGCAAGAAGACCACCUUCUGUCAAAGCUGCUCUUUCUGUCUCUUUUGGUCAACGUGCGCCUCAUCGGACAUUAACUAGGGAUUCAUCCCCAGUUCGGCGUACAGUCAAUCAUUCUUAUGAUCGAGGUAAUGAAUCAAGACGAUCUCCCAAUCAUCCUGGGAGCCAAAGUGGUGAUCUAUCUGAUCGGGAUUAUCCUGGAAGGGAGAGAGACAGGGGCAAGGACAGCAACAGUGAUCGAUAUAGAGACAGGGAUGAUGAAAGGAGAAGGGAGAUGGAAAAAGGUAAAGAUAGGAGGUAUGAUUAUGACAGAAGGUCUCGAGACAACUAUAGAAGGAAUUAUGAUAGGAGGGGCCGUGAUGACUACAGAAGAGAAGGUAGUGCUCGUCAGAGCCGAAGUAGGAGCAGGAGCAGGAGCCGGAGUCAAAGUCAGAACACCCAUGAAUAUGGUAGGCAUAAUGUAAGUAGUCACAAUCCAUUUAGCCAUGAAAGUAAGGAAAAGAGAUUGGCAUCAAAUAAUCUAGCUGAGCUCAAAGAUCUAUAUGGUGUAUCGAGCAAUCAAAAGGAGGGCGUGGCUGAGACCUCGGAGGGUCGCCCUUACAGGCCUAGUGGUACUGAGGAGGUGAUCAGACUAGGUGGUUCUUCGUGGAGGUAAUGAUAUUUACUUGCAAGUAUCAUCUCUCCCGUGAAGGAAAUCACUUUGGACUUGAAAUUCAUUGUUCUGUUAUUCUGUAUAAGCCAACAAGUGACUGAUUCAUCACCGGGAAGUCAAAUAGUUGUAAUUUAUGGCGGUAGUCGAUAGCAUUGGUGUUUCAGCCAAUGAAGGGAUCGAUUCAUAAUCAAGCACUGUGUAAUGUAUUUGUGGCAUGAUUAGCAAAUGAAAAGGGGGUUUUGAAGCUAGAGCUUCGAUUCUGUCCAUGACAAAUUUGGUAACGCUCUUUCUCAGCCUUGCAAAUCUUCGGAUCUUGUAAUUUCAAGUACUGUAUAAGCCAAUAUAAACUGCAAUGUACCAGGUAUAAACUGCACACAACUUAAUGAGCAAUCAGUUUGAACGAUGCUUUGUUUAUAUAUUUAUAAUGAGUUUGCACUUUUGAUUAA